CGCCAUGUUAUUAACGGGCGAAACGUUCGAUUACUGGACGAAAAACCAAGAGUGCAUUCAUCAGUUGAUGCACCUCUUCUCCGACCGCGGCACCCCCUACUCGUACCGCCACAUGAACGGUUACUCGGGCCACACGCACAAGUGGACCAAGCCAGACGGCUCCUUCGUCUACGUCCAGAUCCACCUCAAGACGGACCAGGGCAACAAGACCUUCACCAACGAAGAGGCCGGCAAGAUGGCCUCCGAGAACCCCGACUGGCACACCCAGGACCUGUUUGAGGCCAUCGAGAAGGGCGAGCACCCGAGCUGGACCGUCUACGUUCAGACCCUGACGCCCGAGCAGGCCCAGAAGUUCAAGUGGAACAUCUUCGACCUGACCAAGGUCUGGCCGCAGAGCGAGGUGCCCCUGCGGCCCUUUGGCAAGCUCACCCUCAACAGGAACCCCGAGAACUACUUUGCCGAGAUAGAGCAGGCCGCCUUCUCGCCGUCCCACCUCGUCCCGGGCGUCGAGCCCACCGCCGACCCCGUGCUGCAGUCGCGCCUGUUCUCCUACCCGGACACCCACCGCCACCGUCUUGGCGUCAACUACCAGCAGAUCCCCGUCAACGCGCCCCUCAACGCCUUCAACCCCUUCCAGCGGGACGGCGCCAUGGCCGUCAACGGCAACUACGGCGCGAACCCGAACUACGCCUCGACCUUCCGCCCCCUGGACUACAAGCCUGUCAAGGCCGUCAACACGCCGCACGAGAAGUGGGCCGGCGAGGUCGUCACCGACCUCUUCGGCCCCGUCAAGCCCGAGGACUACGAGCAGGCCCUCGGCCUCUGGAAGGUCCUCGGCCGCCAGGAGGGCCAGCAGAAGAACUUCGUGUCCAACGUCUCGGGCGCCCUCGCCGGCGCCCACCCGGACGUCCGCGCGCGCACCUACGACAUGUUCUCGCGUGUCACCCCUGAUCUCGGCGCCGCCAUCAAGAAGGAGACGGAGAAGAUUGCCGCGCCUGCCAAGGACGUCCGCUCCAAGCUGUGAGUGGGAGGGGGAACGUUUUAAUUGUAAGGUGUAUAAGAGAAAACGGGAUGCCGGUGUCCCCCCCUGUGUAAGUGCCGGCGCGGUCAGUCCGUGUCGCCGCGGUGAGAAAAAGUGUUAGUUGAGAGAUCGUAGCGGGCUGUAGACUGUCAUGAGAGCGAUGUAAGACAAGCUCUAAAUACCCCCCCCCCCCC